GUUGACCCCACAAUAACCUGCCAAGGAAACUUCAAUAUUAGGAUAUUAGCCAGUAUGAAAGAAGGAAAAUUUUUGUACUCUUCGCAUCCUCCAAUAGCUAUAAGACUGACGAUGUUAAUGGCUAUCAUCCAAGCAUACCUUUAGCUCCUCCUUUUCCUGCAUAACACCAUGGCUCUCUCACUAGUACCAUGUCCUCUUUGCUUCUUUCUUUUUGUGCUACUGCCAUUUUUUACUAAUGCACAAACUUACAGCAACAUAUCUUUAGGCUUAUCCCUCACUGCACAGAAUGAUAAUUCUCAAUGGGUAUCUCCAUCUGGUGAUUUUGCUUUUGGAUUCCAACAAAUUGACAAUGAUGGCUACUUACUAGCUAUAUGGUUCAACAAGGUACCUGACAGAACCAUAGUCUGGUCAGCUAACAGAAAUAAUCUAGUCCAAAGUGGAUCCAAAGUUCAACUUACCACAGAUGGUCAGUUGCUCCUCAAUGAUCAAUCAGGCACACAAAUAUGGAAUGCCAAUUCAGUUGCUGCUGGGGUUUCCUAUGCAGCCAUGCUUGACACUGGAAACUUCGUACUAGCUAACGAAGAUUCUGAUAUCCUUUGGGAAAGUUUUGAUCAACCAACUGACACGAUAUUACCCACACAAACUAUGGAUCAAGGAGGUGAGCUUGUUGCUCGUUACUCAGAAACAAAUUUUUCCCAUGGAAGAUUCAAGUUUACGCUACAGUCUGAUGGGAAUCUCCUCCUGUACACCAGAAGAUAUCCAUUGGAUACUUCCAAUGUCGCUUAUUGGUCUACAAUAACAUCCAUAGGCAGUGGCUAUAGGGUGACCUUCAACCAGUCUGGCUAUGUUUCCCUCAUUGCAAGAAAUGGAAGCUUACUUAAUUAUGUAUUUUCUGUUGCAGUAUCAACGCAGAAUUUCUACCAAAGGGCAACCAUUGACCACGACGGGGUUUUUAGGCUCUAUGUCUACCCGAAGAAUGUCACUUCAAGUGGUGGAAAGUGGCCAAUGGCUUGGACAACUUCGUCCUUUAUACCUUCAAAUAUCUGCAUCAGAAUUAUGGGGGAGACAGGCAGUGGAGCUUGUGGUUUCAAUAGCUACUGUAGAUUGGGAGACGAUCAAAGACCAAAAUGUCAUUGUCCGCCCGGUUACACUUUCUCGGAUCCAAAGGAUGUGAGCAAGGGAUGCCGACAGAACUUUGUUGCACAGAAUUGUGAUACAGCAUCGCAGGAAACAGAUCUUUUUGAGUUCAGGGAGAUGUUUAAUGCAGAUUGGCCGCUGAUUGAUUUUGAAUCUUUUAAAUCUGUGAAUGAGGAUUGGUGCAGACAAGCUUGCUUGAGUGAUUGUUACUGCGCUGUUGCCAUCUUUAGAGAUGGAAAUUGUUGGAAGAAGCAAAUCCCUCUCGCAAACGGCAGAUCUGAUUCUAGUACUGGAGGCAAGGCCCUGAUAAAAAUAAGGAAAGAUAAUUCCACUUCAGUGGCAUCUUCAGGGUCAAAGAAGAAAGAUCAAUCAACUUUGAUAAUCACUGGAUCAGUAUUUUUAGGUAUCUCCAUCUUCUUGAAUGGUCUCUUACUGGUAGCAAACUUAAUGUUUUCUCAUCGCUCAAGUCAACAAAAAUCAAAAACUGUUCACCCACACUCACACCAAGGCAAUCUAGCCAUGAAUCCACGAAGUUUCACUUAUAAUGAGCUGGAAGUAGCUACACGAGUGUUUAAGGAAGAACUGGGUAGUGGUGCUUUUGGAACUGUAUACAAAGGGGUUUUGGGAUCUGAAAAUACAGAGUUUGUUGCAGUCAAGAAGCUAGGAAAGGUGGUGACAGUCACAGAAGGUGAGAAGGAAUUUGAAUCAGAAUUGAGUAGUAUCGGUAGAACAAAUCACAAGAAUCUUGUCAAACUUCUAGGAUUCUGUAAUGAGAAGCAAAAUCGCCUACUGGUUUAUGAAUACAUGAGCAAUGGUUGUUUGGCAAAUUUCCUGUUUGGAGAUUCAAGGCUUGAGUGGUUCAGAAGAACGCAAAUUGCUUUUGGAGUAGCAAGAGGGCUCUCUUAUCUCCAUGAAGAAUGCAGCACCCAGAUCAUACAUUGUGAUGUCAAACCACAAAAUAUUCUUUUAGAUGAAACUCUCACAGCAAGAAUUUCCGACUUUGGACUAGCCAAGCUUUUGAAGACAGAUCAGUCCCGCACUUUUACUGCAAUCAGGGGAACGAAAGGAUAUGUGGCCCCUGAAUGGUUCAAGAGCAUGCCUAUUACAGCCAAAGUAGAUGUGUACAGCUUUGGCAUUUUGCUGCUAGAGCUCAUUUGUUGUAGAAGGAACUUUGAGAUGGAUUUGAAGGAAGAAAAUGUGAUGAUACUUGCAGAUUGGGCAUAUGAUUGCUAUAAAGAAGGGAAAGUGCAUCUGUUAGUGGAAGAUGAUGAGGAGGCAAUGAGUGACAUGAAGAGGGUAGAAAAGUUUGUGAUGGUCGCAAUCUGGUGCAUUCAGGAGGAUCCAUCCCUAAGACCUGCAAUGAAGAAAGUCGUUCUUAUGCUAGAAGGAGCUGUUCAUGUCCCUAUUCCUCCAGACCCAGCAUCAUUUAUUAGUAUUUCGUAAAAUCCUUUUGAUCCCAAUGUGUUUCAGUAGUAAAGGCCUAUGAAAUAAAUACUAAAAUUGUUUAGUAAUUAGUAACUGAGGCUAGAAUCUUUUGGAGCAACUAGUUCUGAGUUAAGACUCCAUGCUAGGGAAAGCAAUGUUGUACACAAUAAUGUAGCUGAACCUGGAAAAGGAAAAAAGUCACAGAAAGCAAAAAUUGAGUGUGUUAACCAGAUAUGCUAGCCUGUUACAAUCAGGUACUAUUAUCAACAAAGCGCACGCAUAUUUUCUGAUUUUUAAA